AUGUUUCGUAAUUUUGUGCUUCUAUUGUGUCUAUCUGUUUCUGUUUUUGGGCAGUUGGAUAGCAUAUACUGUGGCAAGCAAACCUGUUUCGAUGUUCUGGGAGUCUCUCGUGAUGCUGAUACUCCAACAAUUCAAAAGGCCUAUCGAGCCCUUGCCAAAAAGUAUCAUCCCGAUCGUCAUAAGAAUGGAGAUGAACCUCAGUCUGAUGAGAAAUUCCGACUAAUAGCAACAGCCUAUGAAGUUCUUCGAGAUCCUGAACAGAGGCAAGAAUAUGAGUACAUGCUAGACAACCCUGACCAAAUGUACUAUCAUUAUUAUCGAUACUACAAGCGUCGCUACUCUCCAAAGGUCGACGUUCGUAUAGUGUUUGUCAUAUUAAUUAUCGUAUUAUCUACAAUACAGUACGUCAGUCAGAGAACAAAGCAUAGUCAGGCCUUGUCCUACUUAGUUCGUGACCCAAAGUACCGCAAUCAAGCUAAAGAGAAGGCUAUAGCAACUAAACGUUUUCAUAUCGAACGACAAAAAUUUGGACGACGACUUAAUAGAGAUGAAGUUAAAGCCCACGAGGAAGAAGUUAUCCGAACAAUUAUUGCAGAAAAUUUUGAUGUUCGAGGUGAUUGUGGCCCUCCAAGUGUUCGCAAUACUCUAGUUGUACAGCUCAUUUGCUUGCCUUACUAUAUAAUUACCUAUACCUACUGGGCUCUUAGGUGGAUCUUUCUUUUUAAAAUCCUUGGUCACUCUUAUGGUCCUGAAGAGAAAGAAUAUAUCACAAGUUGGCGAUUGGGCUUCAAUCAAAAAAGGUGGGAGAGCCUGGAUGAAGAAAAGAAAGCCUACUUCAAUAGCCUCGAGUUGUGGAAUAAUGAAAAAUUCAAAGCUUAUACUGAAAAGAAGGCCGAAGAGGCUCGAAUUCGAUUGGCUGAGGAUACUAAUCAGAAACGAUAUCGACGAUAUGUGAAGCGAAAUGGUCCUCCCACUGUUGAUUUGGACGAUUUGUAG